GCCGAGAUCGACCCCGACGCCGCGGCCGAGUGCAGGAAUGCCCUCGAUUCCCUGCAGCGUUUCGACCACGACGACUCCCACCCCACGGCUGAGGACGUGCCCUGGUCGACGCUGGACCGCCUCAGUGGCAAGAAGGACGAGCUCGGCAAGCUGGAGAGGUCCGUGGCCAACAUGGGCGCGAAGCUGGUGGGCCAGCGCCAACUCCGUGACGAGGCCGCCGCGGGGGCUCGGCAGCUGGAGGCCGAGGUGGCCGCCGCGCGGGCCGCACUGGCGUCGGCUCCCUCAGUCGACCUUACGGUCAUGGUCGCGCAGCUUCAGUCGCUCUGGCCAGGUGGCCAGGCGGCCAGCAGCCAGAGGGCCCAUCUGGUCCAGCUCUUCCAGACCCACGUCGAGGGCAUCGUUGGCACCGUCACCGCGCAGGCCACCAUG